CGGGACCCCGGACGCCGGGGCCCGCCGACCUCGCCCGUCGCCCGCUGCCGCCAUGCGCGCCCUGGCGCUGCUGUGGGGCUGUCUGGCGCUCCGGGCGUCUGCGGCCCUGACCUGCCCGAAGGAGAUGAGCGGAUUCGAGGGCGACACGGUGACCCUGCGGUGCACCUACGAGUCGGAGCUCAGGACGCACCCCAAGUACUGGUGUAGGGAGGUCGGGGUCUUCAUCUCCCGCUGCUCCAGCAAGAUCUUCUCGGGAGAGAACAGCCAGGAUGUCAUGGAGGGCCGAGUGUCCAUCCGGGACAGCCCAGGAGAGCUGGCACUCGUGGUGAGCCUCAGGGGCCUCACGCUGAAGGACUCCGGGAAGUACUGGUGCGGGGCCCAGAGGCUGGGCCCAGACGAAGCCUGCCCAGUCUCCCUGACCGUUGUCCCAGCCACCGCUCCUGAGGCCACUGCUCCAGAGGCCACCGCUCCUGACGCCGCGGCCGCGUCUCCUCCCGCAGGGAGCUCCCGCCCAACCACGCAGCCCGACUCCUCCUCCUCCGCAGUAGGGGACCCAGGUCCUGCCUCCAGCAGCCACAGUUCCAUGCCCAGCGUGUCCAUCCCCACUACCCGCCUGCUGGCCCCCAUCCUGGUGCUCCUGGCCCUGCUACUGGCUGCAGGUCUCAUCGCCCUGAGCACCCACAUGCUCUGGGGGUGGAGGCAAGCUCUUUGGGCCGAGGAUGCGCAGCGGGGCGAGAAGGUCCACCUCCCGGCUGCGGGAGUGGGCUCCCCACCUGCUGCACUGCCCCUGGACUCCGUGAGCCCCGGGCAGGAAAGGGGCGCUGCCAUCCCCGUCUUUCCUGGCGCCAGCGAGGACAAAAGACUUGGCGCUGGGUGCCAGCUGGGUCCCCAAGGGCACCGCGGUCAGCCUUGCCGGAUACCCCAGCUCCCUUGCCCGCUCCUCCCCGGGCUCCUCCAGGAAACCUGCUGCCUGAGCCAGGCCCGACGGGAGGAGGAAGCCCCGGCGCAGGCCCCUGAGGCAGAGGAAACCUCUGCGCCUUGCCGGUCCGAGGAGGAGGAGGAGGAGGAGGAGGAGGAGCCGGACCCCGCCAAGUUCAUCGCAGUGUAGCUGCGGACACUGCCAGCUGGCCUCGCCCCAACACUCGUGAUCCCGCUGCUGCCCUCCCUGGGCUCCCGGGGCCUCCACACUGAGUGACAUCCCCAGCCCUUAUUGUUUUUGAGACUGGGUCUCAUUAAGUUUCUGAGUUGCCCAGCUGGGCCUGAACUUAGAUCCUCCUGCCUCAGCCUCCCAGUGCUGAGUGAGCCCGGCACCCAGACUCCCUUCUGUGUGGCCCCAGCGUGGCCAAGGGGAGAGCAGGACCCAGCUGUGUGCCCCCACCGGGUCAGGCAGGUCGCUGGACAUCUCCCCUCCAGGAAACCCCGCACUUGGGGUUUCCUCAGACCCAACGCUGGGUGAGCCCGACUUCCAUCUCCGAACCAGGCCGAGAGCCUCCGAGCCUGGCCUUGGGGACACCUGGCCACAUCAGGACCCCCGCUCAUCUCAGGUCGGGCCAGGGCUCUGUCUAACACGUGUCCGGUGACUUCCUGGGGGUGAGGACUGCGGCCAGAUGAACCCUCUGACGCCAGCUUGUGGGGUCCACCCUGGGGCCAGCAGGGGGCUUCCUGGGGCCCGGGGUGCAGGCACUGCUGGUCCCUGCUCCAGGUCCUGCCCCCUGACUGUGGGGUGCAGGAAGCACAGUUCCUUCCUGUCUAGAGAGGCUCCCUGUGCCUGGGUCCCGGGUUGGGGCAGGGGCGGAAGAGGACCCAAGUCAUGGCCCGGGCCCUGGGGGAGAAGCAGAGCCACAUACACAUGGUUUUCUGUUUCCUCUUUAAAAGUAAGGUGGGGGUGCUCAGUGUACAAAACUCAGCUGGGGAGGAAAACCAGGAAGGAAAGUUGUAGGGGGUCCUGCCCCCCCCCCGCUGGAACUCUUGAGUGCCUUCUACGGACAUGCCCGGGCUUGCUGCAAAUCUACCCAGCAACAAGGAAGUAGCCCCAGUACCCUCCCCUUGCUCCUCCCCUCUCGCCCUACGGUAUAU